AUGGAGUGUCCCGUGCACAACUCUGAAUCUACAAUGGCCAGUGAUUCGACCCCUGGAUACCUAAGAAGCACUAUUUCUAGCCGGAACAAAGCCAUAGGAAAUGGCUUACAGGACCUGGGGAUACGUCAACGAUGCAACUGCAAUAUCAGAGCCGCUGCAGCGGGUAGGAAUGGAGGGAUUUCAUCGUCGCAAGUCCCUCACCAGGGAGUAACCCCUCAGCGACAACGCGUUCAGCGACAAGAACCUCGGGAAACACACCUCGAGGAAACUGGACCGUUUUCCCCUAAGACAAAAUCAGAUACAUUUUCGCCACCUCCACCACCUGAACUAUCUGAAGCUGGAUCCUAUUCAUCCUCAUCUAAUGGUUCUGAGUUGGCCACGGAAGAUGGCUCAAGUAGUGGCGAUUCUAGUAUCGGAACUAAUGAAAAGACCGCCUCUUCCACGCUUUCUGAAGCUAAAUCGACAAAGCGCUGGUCAAGGGAGCAAUCGUCAUGUGAUUUGAAAAGUAGACAGCCUGUUCAUCACCAGAGCACAUGGGGAUUGAAGAGCGGAGAGAUUCCGGUUCCCGACGGUUUCGGUGCAUGGGCACGGGAUCAACCGAAGUACGUGUUCACGGUAGUUGAAGCCUAG